CUCAUAAACCUAUUUGCAGAUGACACAACCAUUUACUUAGGCCAAGAAGACAGAUAUAAUGACUUACAAGAUAUACUAUCACAAUGGUGCACGAUCUCAGGCGCCAAGUUCAAUUCCACCAAAAUGGAAAUCAUCCCAACCGGCCCUACAGACCACCGUGCCAGGGUCCUCAUGACCUGCCAACUGCACCCUGAUGAUGAACCAUUACACACUUCAAUACAAAUAGCGCCCGAUGGACAAGCCGUACACUCCUUAAGAGCAUGGAUAGGAAACAAAAUUGAUAACAUGAUGCCGUGGGAACCCAUCCUAGACAAGAUAAACACACACCUAAACUGGUGGAGCCUAGGGCACCCAACGCUAGAUGGAAAGCAACUAAUAGUGCAGAUGGUAGUUGGUGCAUCCACCCAAUACCUAAGGAAGGUGCAUGGCAUGCCCACCAGAAUUGAAGAAGCCUUAGUAAAAACAAUAAGAAACUUCGUCUGGAAUGAGAACAUACCCCAAAUAGGCCUACAAUACCUAUAC